AUGUACCAAAUAAUUUCACACUUUCAAUCGAUUGCCAGCAACACAUUUCAUAAAUUGUAUCAAUUAAAAGAACAAAUUGAACAGCAAUACUUAGCAUUAACAAGUGAACACGAAGAUUUGAUGAAACAAACGCAAAGAAUUCAGGUUAUUCAAGAAAAUAUCAAAUUAUUUCAGAAGAAAAAGAUUACAUCAAUGAACUUUAACAAAACUGAACUAACCGAAAAAACGCUCCUAGAAGAAACGACUGAACAUAACACAUUGUAUGCACAUUCAGGUUGUCAUCAUAAUUUUCACCUCAACUGUCAUUUACCAGAGACACUUGAGCUAGGAGCGGAAAUCUUCAAAGGUUAUGAAGUGUGGUAG